AUGAUGUUGUCCAGCGUGCUGGAUCUGCUUCUGAUGCAUCACCACUCUCUCAGAAGUGCUGGUUCUCGGCCCCUUUGGGCCCCUCUUCCUUGGGACUCGCAGGUAUGUGCAUUCCAAACAUCGCUUAGUGCACUCUGCGCAUGGAUCACCACCAUCGCAUCGAACGCGGCGAAAGGAACAUCCAUCACAAGGUUUCGACAUGCGCGUCUUUCGUUUCCCCAUAUCGACGAUACUGGGUGGUGUAAGAACCAUUUCCUGGAGUGGUACGAGACGCAGGCUAGGAGGAAGAGGUUCAAGGGGAUUUUUAGCGAGGAAAUCAAGCGCCCUGAGUUGGUCUUCACGUAUACCGGACCGACAGUUUGUGAUGCGCUGCGUUUACUCGGUUUGAACGCUGCCAAGAUGUUUGUGGAAAAACAUGAGGUCUAG